AUGUCAUCAACUUCAACUUUAUUUAAUGAAUUUCGAUGGUUUGUUGAAAAUAUGUCUACAUCAAUAACAGAACUCGAUCAAUUAAUAGAAAAAGCAAAAUAUAUUGAUGUUGUACAAGUGAAAAACGUCGAUAAUGAUCUUACAUAUCGACAAUUAUCAUGUGUAAUUAUACGAUCUCUUAUCGAAUGUCAUCCUAAAAAAAGAUACACAUCACUUGCAUUUCGAAAUAUUCUUGAAAUAUUAACUAUUUCUCCUGAUGGUGUUGUCUCAUCAAGUCAACGUGCAAAAAUGAUGUGUUUGCUUGCUAUGAUUAAAUCGGAUUUUGACGAAGAUGCGUUGCUGUCUGCCAUCAUUCGUACUAAUAGCACUGUACUUAUCGAUAUUGAAUCAGCACCAACUACAUUGCUUACUUGGAAGAAAUUCGUUGAAUCUGUAAUAUGUCAUAAUGAAUGUGAUUUAUGGCAUAUUUUGCUAAAUAAAGUUCCCAUAAAAUUUAUAAUUUGGUCCCAAUCUCAUUCUGAUCGCGAUAAAGAUUCAUUUGGUCCUGAUUCGGUCCCAGUAAAAUUUUAUUGAGAUUAUGAAGCAAUUGAUGAAUUAAAUCGAUAUGAACUAGCUGAAAUUGAUGAUGAUCAAGAGUUACAAUUAAAUAAAUAUCGGUGUGCUCAACGUCAACGUGAAAAAGCAUCGUCAACUUGGUCAAUAAUUAAAUGA